AAAUCGUCGCUUUUUUCAACUACCUUCCGUGGUUGAACAACAGGUAGACAUACGCUUUAGCUUUUUUAUAAUUACUCAGAGUGUUGUAAGGCUAAAAAUAUUACAUAUUUUGGUCAACGACGAGUUAUACUUACAAUUUUAGCAACAAGCUUUUUUUCUAGCGCGGUUGUUUUGAAAUGCAAGUCGAGCGAAUCAUAGUGAAUUUCAACCCUGUUUUCGCCUUGCGAAAUCGACGGCGGGGCUUGAAACGGUUUUCUUGUUUUUCUCGGAAACGAACAGAUCUUUCGAAGAAAACACUACAUGGCGUUUGUACACUUACUAAAGUCUAUCAGUAUGCAAAAGAAGAGCGAUUUUUAUUUUUUGAGCCUUGCCGCACUUUGGUCGAUAUUUGCAUGGAGUUGCUCUUAAGUGGUGUGAAUGAAGGUUUUCGAGUGGGAGGUCAUCUUCAUUAAGACAGUGCGCUUUGCGGAUGAUCAAGCAACCUUAGCCAGUUCAGUUAAAGGUCUGCAACUUAUGACGGGUAAAAUGGAGGAAAGCACGUGGGGAAUAUAAUAUGAAGAUCAAUGUUAAGAAGACUAAGGUGAAGAAAAUCAGUAAGAAGCCUGGUGAGGAAUUUACGAUCUUUCUUGAGGAUAAUCAAUUAAGUCAAGAAUCGUCUCACUUUAACUACCUUGGGAGCCUUAUAACACAGGAUGGAUCCUGUGAAAAAUAAAUUAGAUCGAGAAUAGCCCGAAAACGCGUUUACUAAGAAAAAAGAACUGCUGACAAAAGCCUUCAGCGCGCUAGCCUUUGCCUGAAGAAGAGAAUUAUAAAGACUGUCAUCUGGGGUACUCUUCUGAAGGACGUGCGAAGGCUGUAACGAAGAAGUACCGAGGCGUGUCGGUGAGGAGAGGGCCAUCAUAUCUGUUAUUAACAGAAGACAGAGAAGCUGGCUUGGUCAUACUCUGCGACAUGGUGAUCAUGUCUUAUUAGUUAUUGAGGGAAGAAUACCCGGAAAGAGACCAUCUGGAAGACUUCCAGCGGGAAUACUGACUAGAGUGAAGGAUGGCAGCUCUUACGUAGCGGUCAAGAGGCGUGCCUUAGAUCGAGAACCAUAAGGAAGGACUUGCCUGUGGGCAGAUCAAAUAGCCUUUGGAAAAGCGGAAACAAAAGGGGUUUUACAUCUCAUUUUGUUUUCGAAACAGAAAUGAUGUGAUAUAAAGCAAGGUGCGACGGUGCGACGUGGUUUAGAACAUAAAUAACGCGAUUUAGAACAGAUGUGAUCGUGUGAUUCGUAAAUAAAUCACACUGCUGAGAGCCAAUCAGAUUGCAGGGAUCACCAGCCAUUUCAAAAUGAAAAAUUAGAAAGGCCUGAUAAUCUUUGAUAAGACAGCAUUGAUCUUUAUUUUGUUAUUUCAGGGGGUACUCCAUACCCUGGGAUAACCCCUAUGAGGCUAUGCAGUUUACUUAACUCUGGAUAUCGGAUGGAGAAACCCAACACGUGCAGCGAUGAAAUGUAAGUCAGAAUAGAAAUAAUAAAAGACGCUCGAAAAGAGAGCACGAUGAAGAAAUAGUUACAAAGUCCUUCAAACAGUUUUUUUUUUUUCUAAAAUUGUCAGCCUUUUCAAAGGAGUGGAAACUGCAGCGCGCCUCUAUCCUUUACGUUGCACCAUUCUAAAAAGAGCCUAUAGAACAUAUUAAGUGUCUUCAAUAUUCAAAGUAAAUGGAGACAUAUCUUUGUGUAGUGGUAUUUUAAACUACGGCUUCCUUUCUCAACAGAUACAAAUUGAUGAUGGACUGCUGGAAGGAGGAUCCAAAUGAACGACCCUCAUUCAUUCAACUAAUCCCGAUACUAGAAGAGAUGAUGACAGAAGAUACCCCUUACUAUUAUUUCAGACUAUUGGAUCAGAACCAGCCAUGUUACCGUGAGGCAUCCGCUACUAACACCAGUAAAACUAGUACUCUUGAUACGAAGCAGUAA